AUGAAACCCAAAUUUGAUCAACAUAAAAAGGUGAGAGGAAUGGUACAUGAAGAAGCUGCACUUGUUAUACAAUCAAGCAAUUCGAAUUCGAAUUCGAAAGAAGGCAGCAAUAAUAGUAAUGGAGGACCAAUCUCUGUUCUUGACACACGCGGGAGCUCUAGCCCUUCCACCUCUACCUCCUCUUUCACCACCAACGUAAACAACAUACACCAAAAAUGGCCGGAGGAAAUGGGUAUUCGUAUUUCUGAGUCUGUGGCAAAUCUUGCCGACUGGUCGGAGCUACAGCCCAUUGCAGCGGAAUUCUGCCUACAACACAAAAGAUUUGGGGUUGGAUUAGAUGACAUGUUAUCCGGUGGUUCUCAUGAGCAAGACCACGAUCUUCUCCGGUGGAUCUCCGGUGACGUUGAUGACACUUCUUUUACCCUCUUGCAAAUUGACGAAAAUGCCCCUCCCAUCCCCUUAAAUCUCUCCCCUCAAAACCCACCGCCGUUUCACCAUCCUUGUCAUCCAAAACCUCCUGCUUUCGAUCAGAGUCAUGAGUUUCUACUCAAGAAACAAAAUCAGCAACUGUCGCUCCACCAACAGAAAUCAAUGAUAGCAGCAAUGGCAGUGGCAAAGCAAGAACCACCAUCGCCACCGCAGAAACAGCUUAUCUGUGACCAGCUAUUUGCUGCAGCUGAGCUAAUGCUGUCUGGAAAUUUCUCUCAUGCGCAAGGGAUAUUGGCGCGGCUCAAUCACCAGCUACCUUCAGCUAUGUCAUCAUGUAAUUAUAACCCCAUUCAGAGGUCCGGUUUUUAUUUCAAACAAGCUCUGCAAACGCAAAUGGCGUUUCUAACACCAACUUCAAAUCCAAUUCCGACACUCUCCAAUGGCAUGUUCAAGAUGUGUGCUUAUAAACUUCUUUCUGAGGUCUCUCCAAUCAUACAGUUUAUCAACUUUACUUCAAAUCAAACACUUCUUGAAGCCCUUGGUGAUUCCGAUUACAUUCACAUCAUUGAUUUCGAUAUCGGAAUCGGUGCUCAAUGGGCUUCCUUCAUACAAGAGCUUCCUAGGAAAAACAACAAUGGUGCUGCUGCUGGUUGUUCCUUGAAGAUUACUGCAUUUGCCUCACCAUCAACACACCACCCGGUGGAACUCGGCCUCAUGCACGAAAAUCUAUCACAAUUCGCUCACCAAAUCGGAAUUUCAUUCCAACUUGAAGUUGUAAACUUAGAUUCUUUCGAUCCUAAUUCGUUUUCAGUUUCCGGGAACGAUGCAAUUGCUGUGAAUUUCCCAAUCUGGUCAACUUCCACCCGUUUACCCGCCAUUCCCUCCCUUUUACACUUCAUAAAACAGGUUUCACCACGGAUAGUGGUGGCCCUCGAUCGUGGGAAUGAAAGGACAGAUCUACCCUUUCCACAGUAUCUCCUCCAGGGUCUCCAGUACUAUGAAGUUCUAUUGGACUCCAUUGAUGCCGCCAACGUGCCGCCAUACACCGCCAACAAGAUCGAAAUGUUUCUAUUGGAGCCACAAAUCAAUAACAUGGUGACCGGAAAACUUCAGUCGCCGGAGCCAAUGCCACAUUGGAAAACGCUCUUCACAACCGGUGGUUAUUUUCCGGUCACUAUGAGUAGUUUUGCAGAAGCUCAGGCGGAUUGUGUGGUGAAGAGGAGUCAAGCUCGGGGGUCGAGGUUUCAUGUAGAGAGGAGGCACUCGUCACUAGUGCUUUGCUGGCAAAACCGCCAGCUCAUGGCGGUUUCAGCAUGGAGGUGUUGAUGAAAUUCCGAAAGUAACCUUGACAACUGUUUUUAAUUAAUUUAUUACCAAUUUCAUAUUAAAUAUUUCAAUCGUCGUAAAAUCUAAUUUCUUGGAACUUUUUUUAUUGUAUUAUUAUCUCUAUCUAUUCUGGAG